AUGGCGUCUGCGGGGCGUCUACAAGAAGAGGCCUUGGCAGGCAGCGGGGCGUCGACCUUCUCAAGAUGGCGGCGGUUGAGCCAACUGCGCGUAGGGGGCGGGGCUCCGCCGCCGGGGGCGGGGCAGGGAGGCAAAGAGGUCGGGUUAGCGGGCGGGCUGCUUCGGAAGCCAGCAGGCCGAGGGCGCCUGCGCGGAGCGGCCCUUCGCGCAGUGAGGCAGCGGCAGGGGAAGGCACCGGUGGGGCAGACGGGCGGGUUGAAGGAGGGAAGCAGGCGAGCGAAGUCCCAGUGCGCGCCGCGGCGACUCGGAGCUGAAGCGAGCGGACUCGAACCGGCAGCGAGGAGCCGCUACCGCCGCCCCAGCUCGGCCUCCCUCGGCUUCGGCGCUCCCGUCGUGGGGCCCGGUUUCCUCAGUACCCCCAGCUCCAGCCGCCCCUAGAGCCUGCUCCCAGCCCUUGGAAAGCCCCGGCGCCAGCCCGGGCCCUUGGCCGGGAGGAUGACGGAGCUGCAGUCGGCGCUGCUCCUGCGAAGACAGCUGGCAGAACUCAACAAAAAUCCAGUGGAAGGCUUUUCAGCAGGUUUAAUAGAUGACAAUGAUCUUUAUCGAUGGGAAGUCCUUAUUAUUGGUCCUCCAGAUACACUUUAUGAAGGUGGUGUUUUUAAGGCUCAUCUCACUUUCCCAAAAGAUUAUCCCCUUCGGCCUCCAAAAAUGAAAUUCAUUACAGAAAUCUGGCAUCCAAAUGUUGACAAAAAUGGUGAUGUGUGCAUUUCUAUUCUUCAUGAGCCUGGAGAAGAUAAAUAUGGUUAUGAAAAGCCAGAGGAACGCUGGCUCCCCAUCCACACUGUGGAAACCAUCAUGAUUAGUGUCAUUUCUAUGCUGGCAGACCCCAACGGAGACUCACCUGCUAAUGUCGAUGCUGCGAAGGAAUGGAGGGAAGACAGAAAUGGAGAAUUCAAAAGGAAAGUUGCCCGCUGUGUAAGAAAAAGCCAAGAGACUGCUUUUGAGUGACAUUUAUUCAGCAGCUAGUAACUUCACUUAUUUCAGGGUCUCCAAUUGAGAAACAUGGCACUGUUUUUCCUGCACUCUACCCACCUAUUGCUGGACUUCUGUUGUAACAAGUUGGCAAACACUGGCUGGAACUGGGCUGCAAUAAAACAUGCCAGUUAUCAAUGCUGACAAGAGCCUAACAAGUGCCAACUUACAGAUGAUUACGCAUUUUGAAUUCUAAUGAACUGUUUUAACCUUCAGGAAGAAAUGUAAAGACAUGUACAUAGCACAACGUGAUCCGGAUAAUAUAUAUACUGUCCCUGUACAUCCACAAAUACACCGUGUACCAAAUGAUGCUUUCUUGUCGUGGAAUAAGAAUCGUGUAAAUUCUGAAAGAUUUUAGCAGGUUUUCUUUCCCUAUUCAUUGUUUCUUAUCAGUUUUAAAAGUCUCCUUAAAGCAUGUCAGAUAAAAAGCAAUUAGGAUUAAAAGUUUCCAUUUAAUUUCCCUUUAAACCAUUGAGGCUUCAUUAAAAUCUUUUCACUUACUAAACUUUUGUAUCUCCUUUGUUUUGGCACAUUCCCCUUUGCUUUUAUCCCUUCUGUCUGCCGGAAAGUUCUCAAAUCAUUUAGUUCAAAUACUGAAAUACUUAAUAAGCAAUGACUUGAUUUUAAUGAUGACUUCGGAGAAGUGGUCAUCGCUAGGUGCUUUGCCCUUUUUGUAUUCUAGUUGCACCCGUCUCUCAGAUUGGAUGUAGCAAUAACAUUUUUGGCUGUUGAAAGCUCUUGAACCCAGUCAUUACCCUUCAGAACUGAAGAGUUGGUUCUGAAUUCAAUUUAUUUAAACAAUACAAAAUUCCGAAUUUUCCUCCCUCCAGUUGCCUAAUGUUAAGGUUGGAUAAAUAAAGCAUGCACAGCUAUAGGCUUUCUACUUAACUUCUGGGUUUGCUAUUACAAAUGCUGUUUACCCUCACACCCUUCUCCUUAGCCCUUACUAUUUCUUUGCCUCUAUUCUAUACUGCAGAUUUUUCUCACCUGUUGUACAAAGAAAUUGCGAUGUAUAUUUUCAUGUAAUUUGAUUUUGGAAUUCUGUCACCUUAUGUAGUGAGUUCUUCCAAAAUAUAAUUUUUUCCAAUAAUUGUCAAGUUGUUGGCUUUUAUUGUAUUGAAUGAAGGUUACAAUAUCGAAUGACAGAAGUGCAGUUUAGAAAAAUCUCAGGUUGAUUCCUUAUGCAAACAAACUUAAUACUUGAAAAUCACGUGGCUGUGGCAGUGUAUUGGGUUACGUCUGGAUUCUCACGUGAAUCUAAAAUCAUUACGGGGUAAAUGCUUUGCUAUUUGACAUAUAGGUUCUGUCACUGACAUAGCGUACUUGGAUUUGAUUAAUGUUUGAGGAUAAGUAUACUCCAUAUCAUACAGUAUGUUUCUAAAACCACUUCAGAAAAUGAUAAAAUAAGCAUGCGCAGCCUUAAAGGCAGGCUUAGGUUCCUCCGUAUUUGUUAUGAGGUUGGGAGUGGGGAGUAAUCUUUGACAUAUAAGGGGUAGACCUUGAGGCAAUACCAGAUGGAACGUAGUGUUUAAUGGUGAGAUCAGUGCAUCUCUCCUCUGUGGGGUUUGGAGAAAUGCUUUGGCAGAAGAGUGAAAGGAUUCCUGCCAACAGCCCAGGCCUCUACAAACUUUGCAUGUUAUUUUUUAAGCAGAAGUAAAAUGGUUGAGGAUGUAGUCACAGUAGAGAAUGAGUCUUCUAAAUCCCAGUCUGUUCUCCACUAUGAAACAUUAUAAAAACCCAUAAGCAGUAUGGAAACCAUAAAUGUGUAGUCGCUGAAUGUGAAAAUUGUUUGGUUUGAUUCAUUGGAGCCCUGUUUUCUUCAAGAACUUAGUUUGUGACUUUUUUUUCUUUCAAAGACUCUAAAAUUUGUUGCCCAAAAGUGCCAGCACUGCACACCUACCUGGGACUUGGAACGCAAUCCCUUUUACUCUUAAAUCAGAAAUUGUUCACAUGGUGGUUGCUUGUGGCAAUAUGGAGUCUGAAUUUUGUUCUCCUCUUGCUGUAAUUCUGCUAGCAGUCUGUUGAGUCAAAACCCGGGAUUUGGCCCUUUAGGGAGUAGCAAAUGACCUAGUAACUCAGGGACAAUGAUUAUCGAACUUCAAGUGCCACUUUAACGCAGUUACUUUGGUAUAACCAUGUUUUUUUUAGGGCUAGAUCUAGGGAGUGGAAGAGAGCCAGGAACGAGGGCCCCUCUCUUCACACUCCUUCCCACCUGGUGCCCUGACUAUGCUACAUACUGAAACACUGGCCUAGAGAGAUGUCAUGACUUCUUUUCCUCUGUCAGAGGUGUCAUCUGUGCCUUUCUCUGUGUUCAUCUGACUGUGUGUAUUUAAAUGCCUCUACAUUUGAUAGUAAAUCACACUCGGGUGACACUGAUCCAGGUGGCUUUUGUCCCACCAGUACCUCAUCAUUAGUGUGAGGUGAUUCCUCUCUGCUUUAGGAAAAGGGUUUUUUCCCCUAACCUUGUACCAACAAUCAACAACAUCUAUAUAUUUUUAUGGAUUGUAGAACUGUUGGCAGUUUCCUAAAUUUAUUCCAAGUUCUUGUAAAGGCUUACAGAUCUCAGUCUGUGCUCAUACUGGGGUGGAUGAUCUCCAUGACUUUACGGUCUUUUCUUGUGAGUUUAAAAUCUGGGAGGUUGGUUUCCUUGUCAUUAUAAAGUAUUAUCUUUGUUAGGUUAUUCCACUAAUUCUGUGAUCCCCUGGGUGUCAUAUUUAAUGGCCUUUAUUCUCGGUUGUGAAAUUUUGUUUUAUAUGCUCACUCACCCUCUAUGAAUCCACCCAGUUUGGGUUGUGGUGCCUGUGUAUCUUUGCCCAUCUGGUCUCUAGUUGGUGGAAUUACCUUUUUUUUUGUACUGCCACUUCUCAGCAUCUUUGAAAUUGGACAUAAUAUUGCUUCGUUCCAGGUUUUUUUUUUUUUUUUUUAGUUCUGUAAUUUGUUGAUUGUAUUUAACUAUGUGAGUUCUGUUGUGAUGUUUACUGUAUUGUAAAGCACCUCAAUCAUGUGAUGGGUGCUCUAUAAAUCAAUAAAUGGAUGACUUAGAGGCUGUA